CACCGUUGCACGAACGUUAAGAUGGAAGCUGGAAAGGACGCCGCCCCGGCGCCGCCGCGCUCUCCGAAGAAGAGUGAAGUCUACAAGAAACAGCUCCUUCACCGGACUGCAUCCAUGGACCCUGUAUGGCAAGCAGCGACAAUGCAGAUGGCCAAGAUGAAGAGUGCCCGCGUGUUACGUGUGCGUCGGUAUCGUAUCGAACAAGGUAUGACGUGUUUCGCCCUCGUCAGCGUCGCCGCCACGAUCGUCGCAAUGCAGUUUCAAGUUGUGUCUUUCACCCACGUCGUGGAUGUCUCGGCUCUGCGUUCCGAAUCGAUCGUGUUCGUCUUUCGAACGGUUGUGUCCGCGUGCACGUUCAUCUUGAUCGGGCUCAUUCUGUACCGAGCGGAUACGGUGUGCAAACUUCGCAUCAUAACGUAUCGACUGCCGCCGCACACAAAGUUCUACCACGUCUCGGCCGGUCUGCUCCUAAAAAUCUUGGUGGAAGUCGCGAUCGUGUCGUUGCAUGUACCGCCGACGUGGAGCCGCGCAUAUGUCGACACGCGAUUCAUGUCGGGCUCCCUUUUCAACACCACGACGCUGACAAUGUACUGCCCGGAUGCGUCCCAUCAGUUGAAGGGUGCAUUUUGCUACGACGACUUGCCGUGGCACAGCAGUCAGCUCGACGUCGUGGUGUUCCUUCGCCUGUACAUGUUGUUUCGAUGGCUGCGCCACCGCCUCGGGUUUGAAUCCGUCGACAUUGAAUGGCUCGGGACGGAAUGGCACGUGCAGACACAGUCCCUGGCGUUCACGGCCAAGUACAUGUUUCACCAGCACCCUGUGCGGUUUGCCGUUGCCGCGUUUGCCACGACGUGGGUAUUUGCGAGUGUCGUCGUUGAGUUCUUUGAGCACGCGAUCAAUGCCGACAUCGAUUCAAACGUCGAGGCGUUCUGGCUGCUCGUGUUGACCAUGUCGACGGCAGGCCUUGGCAGUACCCCGCCCAAAUCGUUUCAAGGCCAGGUGGCCAUCGCGCUGGGUGGCAUCGUGGGUGGCGCUGUCAUCAACGCCCUCAUCACGACUGUCUUGAUCGAGUCGCUGCGAGUCACGGAUGCCGAAGAGUCCGUCCUCGAUACCCUCCUCACGCGCAAUGUACAGACGGACCACCAAGUUGCCGCCAUCCACGUCCUCGAGGUAGAUGGCCUCCUUGGCCAUGCAACAGUGCAAUUUUCACGGGAAUCCUCUCAUCGAUGGUGCUUGUGGUGCAAUGGCUAGCGAUUUGGGCAAUACGUGGUGCUCAUAUCUCGAAAGAAUGCAACUCGUGCAGCCCUCCGUCGGGCCAAGACCCGCCUCUUUUGGUCGACUGUGUCGUUCCAAGCCAGUCGGCAUGCCCUUUGUCACUUGUAUAAGUCGACGAUGUAUGUGCUCGAUCGCAAGACUGCUGCGGUCAAGUUUCGCACGACCAAACUGUUGUCAGAGCCCCCCGCGGCGCACGCUGUCGCUACCAUGGACGCCCUCGAGCGCAAGAUGCAUGCCGUGCACAGCACCCUCGUCGUGCACUCAACCCGACAGCCCAAGGGUGCCUAAACUCGUCGCUCUCCUCGUUGCAUGUCUGCCUAUCCUGCAAAAUUACAUCUCUCGUCGCAUGUCCCAACACGAACCAACACGGCAAUGCGCGGCGUUUGUAU